CCUCCUGCUUACCAUAGACCCACCCUUAGCACUAAAGGAAACACAAACAAUCUUCAUCUCCUAGUCUCUUUCUUUUAUUUGUCUCCUCUCUAUAUAUCAAUGGACAGCGAAGAAGCACCGGUUAUAUCUAAGAAUAAUAAUAUAUCAAGUAAUUCAUCUCAAGAUGAAUCCAUUUACGAUGGCAAGACUGGGCAGACAUUUCAAGAUUUCUUUGCUUUCUGUUCGUUUGUUUUGGCAUACGAGGAACAAGUGAAAUCAACUAAACUGGACAACAUGAUAUUUAGCAAAGGGAGAGGCCUAGGCUCAGCUGGAGACACAGACACUAGUUCCGAUGAGGAAUCAAGUAACGAGAGAAGAGGAGGAGGAGGAAGGAGAGGAGGAGGGAGGGCUAGUGGCGGUACAGGUAAUAAGAGAAAGAGGAAGGAAGAGGAAGGAGACAUGACCAAAGAAUCUGAGACUGAAUCUGACACCACUAAUUCUAGCAACGACCAGGUCGAAGUGACAUCAGAUGAAGAGUCAUGGAACUUAGUCACUUGUUACUGUGGCCGACCAUAUGCCGGCAGACCAAUGAUAGAGUGCUCCAAGUGUUUAACGUGGAUACAUCUCUAUUGUGCUAAGAUUAAGAAAAGCAACGUCCCGGACUUUUUUUUAUGUCAAAAGUGUAAAACGAAGCAGUCAAGAACACAAUAGAUCCACGAUACUAUAGACAUCACAAUAUUGCAUUAUAAAAUACAUAUUGGCAAAGCAUUAUUAUUGUUAUUAUUAUUAUUUGGCUGAUUAUUAUGAUUUUUAGUUCUUUUCACAUUAUCAUUUUUCUCUCUAUCUCUCUAUAAACAUCAAAUUUUACAUGUCAAUAUAUGGCUACCUGUAUAUCUAAGUUUAACUUCUAAACAUUUAACAUCAAAACUA